GUUUUUGAGUACUUUUUUUUUCUUUGGACUCUCUUUUUUUCCUUCUCUCCAUUUCUUUUUUUGUUGAAAAGAUCACUUCAUAUUUAUCCAAAUUUUAUAUUUGCUUUUAUAUAUUUUAGUUUUUUUAUGAGUGAAAAAAGCUCUUCUCCUAUCGCACCACGCUCUCCUAUUGAAGUGAACGAUGACAAGAAUAAUGACGCAAGUGAAACUAGAGAAUCUGUUGUAGACACCACCAAUCAACAAGAAACGUCUCAAGCACCUGGACAUGACUAUGAUGAUAAUAAUAGAUAUGACGAUCGACGACGUUCUUAUUCACCACGGUCACGGUCUCACUCUUACUCUCGUCAUCGAUCCUAUAGUCGUUCUCGUUCGCGAUCUUAUAGUCGGUCACGUUCUCCUCCUUCCUAUUACGAACGGUCUCGUCAUCACCAUCAUCGCUCUUCUCAUCGUUUACCUCCUCCUUAUCCACCACUUUCUCAUCACCGUCAUCACCGUCACCAUCCUUAUCAUGAUACGUACUAUGGUCGCUCAAGCGGUCGAUACCCAUUGUCAGACCAUCACCAUCAUCGAAGCUACUCUUCAAGACGAUCCAGAUCUCCUCCCAUUCAUCGUUACCGAUCUCGCUCUCCCUCUCGUUCUUCUGUUCGACCGCCUCCUUAUCGUUCAAACCCUGACUGUCGCGUUUACGUUGGUAAUCUUCCCUAUGAAGCACGAUGGACUGAUUUGAAGGAUUUUAUGCGGAAAGAAGCUGGACCUGUGGUUCAUGCAGAUAUCAUGAAGAGUGGAUCAAAUCGUUCCUUAGGAUGUGGAACUGUUGAAUUUGAAUAUCCUGAAGAUGCUCAACGUGCGAUUCGUAUGCUGAAUGAUGUGGAAUUCAUGGGCCGUGUGAUCUUCCUCCGAGAGGACCGACCUCACGAUUCACGCAAGGAUGGCUUUGCACCUGACGAAUGCAGAUUGUUUGUAGAUAAUCUUCCUCUAACAGCAAGUUGGCAAGAUAUGAAGGAUCUUUUUAGGAAGACGGGACGAGUAUUACACACUGAUGUUACUACGGAUCCAAUCACUCGACGACCUAACGGAAGUGGAUUGGUUAUUUUUGAUGAUCCUCGAGAUGCACGUUCAGCUAUUGAAUUAUUCAACGGUUAUGAAUGGCAAGGACAUCGAUUAAGAGUGAUGGAAGAACGGGAAGCAGCAAAUCAUUUGGCACCUUUACCACCACAAUCAACAGCACCAACAUCAGGGUUAUCUAUAACGAUGAGCAAUUCAAGGGUACCACCUCCACCGCCACCUCCUGAGACUAACACCACUCCAAUCCAAUCUGGUACAACUACACCUUCUCAACAGCAGCCUGCGAAUACUUCAGUAAUAGUGGAUAUGGAUACGAGAGAUAUGGAAAAUACUAGACCAGUAGUAGAAAAUACAGCAGAUGGAUAUAUAGAUUCUUAUUAUGGUGGAUCAAGUUAUUAUGGAGAAGGAUAUUAUGAUGAACGAUAUAGCAAUCAACAACCGCCACCACCACCACCGCCACCUCCAGCAGCAUCGUCACUAUCAUCAAUAUCAACAGCAGUAGGAACUUCUGGUAUGGUACCACCUCCACCUCCACCUUCUGCUCAUUUCUUUCCAAGCCUUGUCAGCGGGCCCGGUGCCAGUUUGCCUUCUCAUGGAGCGAAUCAGAUAUUUGUGAACAAGUUACCUUAUGCAACAACAAGUCAAGAUUUGAUUGAUCUCUUCCGACAUGUAGGACCUGUGGUACGAUCAGAAAUAUUAUGGUACAAUGGACGACCCAAAGGAUCAGGUUUGGUACGAUUUGAAGAUAGGAUUACUUGUGAACGUGCAAUUGGAAAAUUCAAUGGUUAUCUCUAUGGUGGAAGGAAAUUGGAUAUUCGAAUGGAUAAGUACUCACCUAGUGCCUAAACUAUUUUUUAGUUUGUUAGUUAGACCUUAGUUUGUUUUUUUUUAGUUUAUACAAAAAGAUACAUGAAUGUCUUUUUUCAAUAUCAAAUAAAAUAAAAUAAAAAAAAAUAAA